AUGGAUUGUUUUGAUAAAAAUGACUUCGAAAACGGAAAUAAAUCUCAUAAAUUAAAAGAAAAUCAUAGAAAUAAAGAAAAAUUCGUUGAGAAAAAAAAAGAUAAAAAACUUAAUGAUUAUAUUUCAAUGAAAUCACAUCAAGAUGAUAAUGAUAGUUUAUCAUCAUAUCCAAGUAGAACAAGUGAAAUAUCUCAACAUUCUAUUUUAUCAAAACAUUCAUUACAAUCAAUUGUUGACUUACCUAAUCAUAAACAAAAAAAACAAAAAAAAAAUCUUAAGAAAAAACAUUCAAAAAAUCUUAGAAAUAAAAAAACUCUAAAUGAAACACCAUCCAUACAUUCAUUAUAUAGUCAAACAAACAAAUUUAUUCCGUUGACAGAUAGUGAAAAUAAAUUGAAUAAAUCCUAUAAAAAUAAUCGAAUAGAUAACAAACAAGAUGAAAGAAGUAUAUCAUCAACUAAUAAUGAUUCAAAUUUAUCAAUAGAUUCAUUUCAUUUAAAUGAUGAUUAUGAUAAAAAACCAAUUGAAUCAAAACAAGACAAUCGAUCAACACCAUAUCAUAUUGAAUAUCCUGGCAAAAAAAAUUCUCAUGAUAGAAAACAUGUUGAAAAAUGUUUAAAUUUUUAUCAGAAUAUUCGAAAAUAUUUUGAUGAUGAUGUUGCUGCUAUGCUUCUUAAAUGUUGUUUAUGUUAUAAUCAUUGUUCAAUUGAUAAAUAA